UCACAAAGGUCAUUCCAGUUCAUCACCUAAUGACGAGCCAUAUGUAACAUAAUCAGUCAGACAACAAACGGAAUCUCCCAGUCUCCAUUAAACAAAAAUCCUUGGUUUCAUCUGAAGUGACUGGGUGCAGCUUAUGAUGACUCUAACAAGAUAGAUAUUCACCACACAGCCUAAAUGGCUUUGCUCAGGAACAAAAUGACACACUGUCAGUCUCCAUCAAAUUCUAGAUGAAACAAGACAAAGGCAGAGAGAACAGGUAUAGAGGGAUCUAAUCUACAGCAUCGCAAUUCAGGGAGCUAUAAAAGGGAUUAAUUCAGCUUGUUUAAUUGAACUAUUGCCACUAGAUAUCCGGUGCUGGAUGCAGUAAAAUGGAGAAAACAUCUCAAUGAAAGACACUGAAAAACGAAGGCUGGAAUCUAAAACAGAAAAAAGGUCGCUAAAUUAAAGACAGGCAAUCUCCACUGAUCAGAGUGCCCUGUGGAAGAAAUGACAAUGUAGUUAUGAAAUCAAUACAGGCCGUGAUUAAUCUGUGGUCCAUAAUUUGGUGAGUGAGCACUGAAAAUUCCUGAGAAAAAAAGAAUUAGGAAAAAAAGUUCAUCAAAAAAGAAGCUCAGAAGAAAAGAAGUUUGUUUAACUUCGAGAAUGAAGAUGACGAAUUCUUCGAAAAUUCCCAAUAUGACAUCCUCCGAGGUUCAAAUGACAUCAUCUGAACAGAACUACCAACCAAGGGUUUCAAGUGUGGAAUCAGAGUUGAAAUUGUUGGAGCUCCUGUUUCAGGUGUAUCUUCCACCUGUUCUCAUCACCCUAGGAACUGUAAGUAACUGUCUGACCAUCUUUGUAAUGAAAAGGAAAAACAUCCGCCAGUGUUCCAUAAGUUUUUACAUAACAGCUUACGCCUGCAGCUCACUGCUGAUGCUGUACCUCUUUCUGGGAACAGAAUGGAUCACUAAAAUCUUUAACCAAAAAUCUUUGGAUGAAAAAGCCGACUGGUUGUGUCGUGUGUGGCAAUUCAUCAGCAGAGUCAUUUCCUAUUCAGGAAUCUGGUUUGUGGUGGCCAUGAUGAUUGACCGCUUUGUAGUAAUAUGGCAUCCUAAACAGUUCUCUUCCCUGUGCACAAUCUUCAUGGCCAAGUUUGUCGCCAUCAUCAUUUUUGUUGGUCUAGUGGUCAUAAGUAUUCAUGCCAUGUGGACUUUUGAACUCAUGCACAACUCUGGUUGUUAUCCAUACCACAGAGAAAACGACAUCCAUUCCUUGAUCUGGCCCUGGGUGGCCGCCAGCUUCUACUCCUAUAUUCCUCUAGCUCUGAUCUUUAUCUUCAAUGUGUUGAUUUUCACUGGAAUUUGCUUGAAAAGACCUUUCAAAGCUCAUCAGACCCAGGAGCAUCACUCCCUGCUUUUUACAUACACAACACUGGGCACCUCCAUGUUCUACUUUCUUCUUGUGAUGCCAGCGACUAUUAUCAAUGUGGUGGACAUGACCUACCCACCAUCAUGGCUACACGACCAAGAACUCAUGAUACAAUUGACCAAGGCCCGAUUUAUUGCUCACUACAUGGCUUGGCUUAACACCACUCUCAUCUUUUUCACGUGUUUAUCUUUCUCUCGGACAUUCCGUUUGGAAUUGUGGGAUAUGUUGUGCUCAAUUUGUUGUAGACAUCGUAGGAGGAUCUAUGAACUUCAAUCUGGGUCCCAAAGUACCUAUCUUAAUGAAACGGACUCUUGUAACGAAACAACACCUCUUUAGCAAGUUACAAGUAAGGAAUCCCAAACUUUACUUAGGGUUAAGAUAUCUUCAAAUGAAGUGAAAGUUUACUUUUUAUAUUUUUGAGCUUUAAUGUUUUUGUUUUGUUUUCAUGGCCAUUAUGUAUACUUCAUUGAAUUAUCAUCGUCAUUACUUCAUUGAAUGUUGAUUUGAAACUUAUCGUCAUUGAAUAAACAAUAUUUUUU